UGUGCAACCAAAUGCAGUCUGUUUGCAAAGUGUUCGCGCAGGGAUUCGUCGCCAAGGACCUCCGUGGCUUCGUCCAGUCCUUCAACAUGUCCCGCGCCAUUACUCAACCAUCCCCACUUCCUCUUCCACAAUUCCAAGAAGAAGAAGAAGAAGAAGAUAUUGUCCACGACGAUCGCGUUCACAAUAACAAGAGACGAAUCAGCGAUUGGAGUCAAUUCCUUGAUCCUGUGGAUGUAGAAGAGCAGCAGGUUGAGGAAGAAAGUGAUUUUGAGCCUAAGAUUGUGACGGAGUUGCCAGAGGAUUUGUUCAAGAAACAAAAACUCAAUGCCAAUGCAGACCUUCUCUACAAGCCGGUUUUCUCCAACAGAAAUUCCACCGCCAAAAAUGUCAUCUCCCCAAACAAGGACCCAAGGAGGUAUCAGCCUUUCGCCAAGGGCUCUUCACAAAGGAAUGACCGCAUGAAACAGGAUGAUGAAGGCCAGGAGCCAAGAAGGAAACCUCAGCUUCCAUUUCCAACUACCAAAGCCAAAGGGGUUUCCAAAUGGAACGACUACAUUGCGCAAGAUGAUAAUGAUAACUUGCAACUUGGAAGUGGCAGGAAUUUUGAACACCAGCUGCAUUACCAUACCUUGGAGUUCGAGACCAUAAACAAUGAUCAAAGGGUUGAAGAUGAUGUCCACCCUGAUUUCUUGUGAAGCUUGUUCCACAUUGUGCUGUGCAUCCUCCCUUCUCUCAUACGGAUGUGAAUUGCAUCCAUGUAAACACGCUAUGUUUGGAAGUUUAGAUGAAAAGAAGAGGAAGUACUUCUCUUUUUUGUUUCGAUGUUUUGAAAAUUGAAAGAGAAGGGAGGAAUAGAUACCUUA